AUAUUUGUUUGGUUCUUGUCGUAUUUUAACACCUUUACCUUUUCGUUCUUCGGUGACCUAUUUUAUGGAUUUUGAUUUCCUUAAACAAAAAUAAUAUUGCUGACUCGACACACAAAAGACAUAACACGACCUCAAUAAGAAUUUUACAAAACUUACUUACAAAUUUGGACGUGACUCGAGUAAAUAAAGGUGUUAAUUAGGGUCAAUAAUUUAGUUUUUAUUCAUAAAAUUUUAAAUUUCACUUUGGUCUAAGUUAGAAGAUUGACCAAAGAAUUGCUGAUUUCUAAGAGCCAAAGUCAAAGUGCUGAAAAUGUCCAAGGAACGAAUAACAAAUCCUUCAAAGAAGUCCCUAGUUGUGGCGUAUCUAUUGUGGUUAAUUGGCGGUUUCAUUGGUCUUCAUCAUUUGUACUUGCAUCGUGAUCGACACGCCUUUAUUUGGUGGUGUACACUUGGUGGCUACUUUGGCAUCGGAUGGAUUUCGGAAAUAUUCCUCAUACCAGAGUAUGUAAGGGAUGCCAAUGAGGACCCUGAGUUUGUGAAGAAAUUUAUUGCAAAGUUGCAAAGCAAUAAAAAACCACCCUACUCUUCCCGCCGAUUUGUAGGAGAAGUAUUGUUAGGCUAUUUGUUUGGGCAACUGGUUCAAAUGGCAAUUCCAGAAAAAAUAUUCGGUGGCAUUGACUGGACAUUUUUACAUUGGGCCAUACCAAUACUGAUUGCAGUUGGUGUUUGGACUGUUGGCAAUAUCGGUCGCGAGGAAGGAGUCCUUUGGCAGAGUUUGGUUGCAGCGAUAUUGGUAUAUCCCAUCAGAUAUCUGAUUUAUGAUGAAACAUACACUUUGCUUAUUACCUCGGUGGCAACAGCUUUUGUGUUUGAUACAUUCUCCAAGCAAUGGCAACGUACUCCACCAAAGCGACGAGGCAAGCUUGAAAGGACAUUUAAACUUUCAACUGCUAUUUUGUUGUAUUUUGCUCUUUGGGGAAGCUUCCUCUACUUUAAUGGCACUAUUAAAGAUGAGGAAGGCGGUGAGAUACCUGUACACGAAGCCAUCCAAAAUUUCCUGGCGUCUGCAUGGUGGACUGAUCUUACACAAGCCCUAUACGAUUCCUAUCAGUACGCCCAACAUCAUGGUUGGUACGAGACCUGGAAAGAAAUUUUCGAAAGUAUGGACGUCGACGGAGAGAGAAAUUCUUAUAAAAUACUCGGAGUGAGUGCCACCGCUUCGCAAGCUGAAAUCACAGCUGCAUAUCGAAAACUCUCCAAGGAACACCAUCCAGAUAAGGUGAAAGAUGAAAAGGAUAAAAAAGCAGCAAAUGCACGGUUCAUUGAAAUUCAACAAGCUUACAGUGUUCUUAGCAAGAUCAAAUCGAGUCGCAGAAGAAAAAAUAAACAAUUCAAUGAAGACAUUAUCUUAUAAAGAUAACAUUUUUUUUAACAGCUGAAAGCUUGAAAAGACUUAAUAAAAUACAUCACAUUAAUUUUCCCAUCAUCAACAAUGUACUGUAAAAUCUAGUGAUAAGAAGGUCAAAGUAAAAAACCGUCCAAAUAAUCGAAUUAUUUAUAUUUUUUUACAUUCAUAUUUUAAACAAAAAAACUAGGUUGUAUGACAAAAAAUAAAAUAGAGUAAAUUCUCGAAGGUAUGCUAAAUCGUAAGCAUACACAAUAAUUUUCUAAUAAAUAACAAACAAAUAUUAAAA